CUAUUGCUUAGACGUUCAAAUAGCGUCCUCCCAAGCGGUCAAUAAAACUACCCCAUGGAUGCUCGCGUCCAGUAACAGAUUCAAAUUUAGUGAAUAAACUUCUACAAUUAAAACAAUUUUAAUUGCUUUGCCGAAAAAUUGUAAAAUUAUAAAAUAUAUGCGAACACUGUGCCGGACCUACUAGUGCGUAUGUGCAGUGUAACAAGUGCAAGAGUAGUUCGUAAUUAAAUAAAAUUUAAUUAGCGUGAAUUGAAAAUGGGCUAUCGUGUGGUGUCCAUCAUCGUUUUCGGAUUAUUGCUGCACAGUUGGACUAAUUGCAAUACCCAAGCCCAACUGCUUCGGAAUGCACUUUUUGGCUCUCAACGUUAUCAAGAUGGCUCAGCUUCAAACGCCAACAGCGGCGCGUUCUCCCGAAAUGUUGGAAUCGGCAACUUAGGUGGAAUAAGCACGUCUGGAACUCGUUCUCAGUCUGUCACUCGAGAAAAUGGAGGAAUUGAAAUUGACAAAAGUAAAUCCAUUUCAAAAGGAGUCAACAUUGGCAAUUUAGGAAUUUCCAGCUCCCUUUCGUCAUCAAAGUCGUACUCAACAAACGGAGGUCUUGGAGGAGGACUUAGUCAUGACGUAAAUGUAGGAAAGGUGGGUUUAGAAACGAGUUUAUCCACUGAUAACUUGCGGAAUGGUUUCGGAUUGAAGAAAGAUAAGAAUGGUGGCCUAACAUUGGAUCUCGGACUAUUGGAAUUUGAUUUGCAUAAAAACAAACAAAAUCCUGUAGGCGGUUCACAAGCACAAACCAAUGCUGGGGCUUUUGCUACUGGAGCUGGAGCUCAAACAAACGCCCAAUCCCAAUCACAAUCAAAUGAUCGAAAGUUUGGACUGCUCGAUAUUUCUUCAUCAAGAUCUAGAUCGAAAUCUAACGCUGUUUCACAAAAUGGUCAGACAGGAGCAUACGCUGAUGGUCUAGCAAAUGCAGCUCAAUCUGGGGGCCGAACUCAAGGCCUUUUUGGCCGUUUUAAGAGGCAAGAUAUUGUCUUUCCAGAAGAAUUACAUACUACAGAGCGGAGACAUGCUGCCGGAUUUGGUGGACGUAACAGGGGAGGUGGUGGCGGAUUCAAGAGCCCCGGAUUUGAACAACAAAGUGCUGCAAAUACCCAAACCCAAUCAGAGCGCAAUAAGCACGGAAACUUCCAAAAUAAUGCAGCGUCCAGUCAGGGAUCAAAUUUAGCUCAAGAUGGAUCCUCGGGACAGUUGAGCAGUGCGAACACCAUGCAACAGAAUUUUCAGACCGCUGGCCAAUCCGGAAAUAAAAACAGUGCGCAAAGUCAGAGCUUAAACUUUGAUAAAACCAACACAGAUGCUUCUUCAUCUAACGCCGAUACUUCCCAUAUAAUCGGGCAUAAUUCAGAAACCUUUGAGGCCAAUAGCGGUUCAAUGUCUCAUCAACAAAAUCAAUUUGGAUCAGCCAGCAACUCAGCUCAAACUAACUCGAAGACAAUUAAUGAGAAGGGAAUUCAAGGAUCACAGAGCAGCGGUCAAAGUCAGUCCAUUUUCACUGGACCAAAUGGCGGAAACUCAGCAUCUAACAGUGCAUCAAAUGCCCAAUCAUCUAAAGGACCCGGAUUUUCGAGUAGCUCCGCUUCAUCAAGCUCUUCCAGUUUCAGCAAUGGACGUGGUGGACAAACUAGUUCGUCGUCAUCAUCAUCAUCCGGAACGGCAGGAGGUAACUCAUUCAGUUCUGCUGGCAGCAAUUCAUUUUCGGGCGGUGGCGGUGGAUUUGGCCAAUUUGAUCCAUUUGGUGGUAGACACAGACAACCUGGACUUGUUUUCGGUUAAUUUCUGUAUGAAUUGUGGAUUUUCAAAUAACGUAAAUAUAAAGGUUUUUUUUUAUAAAUUGGA